AUGACUGAAGUUACAGGUCGUUCAGUCACUGUUCAUAAGACAAAGAAUGAAAAAGGAAAACCAUUAUUUAUAGAUAAUGCGAUUACUACGACCAAAUACUCUAUUUGGUCAUUUUUACCAAAAAACUUAUUCGAACAAUUCCGUAGAAUUGCAAACUUUUACUUCCUUGUUAUUUCAAUUAUCCUUUACGUAUUUCCAUGGGCUCCGCUUGAAGCUGGUCCAGCUAUUUUACCACUUGUUAUUGUCGUUGCAAUUUCAGCCAUCCGUGAAGCUUGGGAAGAUAUCAAGCGUGGCUUCAGUGAUAAAAAGAUCAAUAACUCUACUGCUCAUGUGUUACGUGGUUUUGAGUGGCAAGAUGUGAAAUGGAGAGAUGUUCUUGUUGGCGAUGUUAUUUUCAUGAAUUCCAAUGAACAAGUACCUGCUGAUAUCGUUAUGCUCUCAACAAGUGAACCAGAUAGCGUUGCAUACAUUGAUACUUGCAAUUUGGACGGAGAAACAAAUCUUAAGGUACGUCAGGCCAUGCCACAAACAAAGGAUGUCAUAGACGCCCAAUCUGCUGCUCGUUUCUCUACGACCAUUGUUUGUGAUGAACCGAAUAAUGUACUUUACACCUUCAAUGGCUAUUUCGACCUUAACGGUUUGACAAUUCCACUAGAGAACAAGCAAGUUCUUCUUCGUGGCUGCAUCUUACGUAAUACAAAAUGGAUGAUCGGAGUUGUUGUUUACACAGGCCUUGAAUCCAAGCUUAUGAAGAACUCAUCAACUGCUCGUUCAAAGGUAUCCUCAUUAGAGCGUGGUCUCAAUAUGAAAUUACUCUCGGUUUUCGCUCUUAUGAUCGGUAUCGGCAUAAUCUCCGGCAUUGUUGGUGCUGUCUACGAAAAGAACAUCGUUAAUGGAAAUAUAUGGUAUCUCUACAAAGGCUGGGAUAUGAAACGCCCAGGAGUUGCAGGAUUUUUCAUUUUAAUGAUUUCUUACAUCAUUUUGAUUAACGCCAUGAUUCCUAUUUCGCUUUACGUUACCUUGGAAGUCGUCAGACUGUUCCAAUCAGGCUUUGUUGCCUGGGAUGCAGAAAUGUAUCACGUAGAAACACAAACCGGAGCAGAUUCGCGUACAUCCAACCUCUCAGAAGAUCUCGGCAACAUCGAAUACAUCUUUUCGGACAAAACAGGUACUCUUACCCGCAAUAUCAUGGAAUUCAUGAAAUGUUCGAUUGCAGGACGCAAAUACGGCCAUGGCACCACAGAAGUAGCCUAUGCAGCCUGCAGAUGCCGUGGAAUUCCAUGCGAGAAACCAGAUCCGACCGGCAAAGUAUUCAAAGACGACCAAUUCAUGCAAUUACUAAAUGGAAACACUCCAAUGGAGAUCAAGCACUUCCUUUGGAUGCUUUCCGUGUGCCAUGCCGUCAUUCCAGAACCAAAUGAGAAGAAGCCAUACGGAAUUGCAUUCCAAGCAUCAUCUCCAGACGAAGGAGCCUUAGUAUCCGCAGCGGCAGAUUUCGGAUACCUAUUUAAAGCAAGAAAACCAGGGUCUGUCACCGUAAGACACAACGAUGUCGAUGUCGAAGUUGAAGUUUUAGCCGUUCUUGAGUUCACUUCUGAAAGAAAACGCUCUUCCGUCAUCAUCAGACAUCCAGAGACGAACGAGAUUGUCUUAUACUGCAAAGGCGCCGAUGACUUGAUCAUGGCCAGACUUGCAAAAGACUCUCUUUACGUAGAUGUCACACAGCAGCAUUUGAAAGAUUUCGCUGCUGACGGUUUGAGAACAUUAUGUGCUGCAUAUAAAGUCAUUGAUCCACAAUGGUUUGAAGGAUGGGCAAAGAGGUAUAACGAUGCAUGCUGCAAACUAGAAGGAAGAGAACAAGCUGUCGAUGAAGUAGCAAAUGAAGUUGAAUGUGAUUUACAAUUAUUAGGAGCAACAGCAAUUGAAGACAAACUUCAAAUUGGUGUUCCAGAAGCAAUUGAUUCUCUACUCAAAGCAGGAAUCAAAGUUUGGGUUAUUACAGGAGACAAGAGAGAGACAGCCAUCAACAUUGGUUUCGCUUGUUCAUUGUUAUCAACAGACAUGAAAUUGACGAUUUUGGAUUCGAACGAUUCACAAGAAAUCAUCAAUGAAUUGAACAAAGGAUUGCAAGAAACAGGUCCUGUAGCAUUAGUUGCAUCAGGAGCAGCUUUGUAUCAUGCAUUGUUACCUGAGAAUCAGCCUCUUUUCUUCCAAUUCGCUUCUAUAUGCCAAUCCGUUGUUUGCUGCAGAGUUUCGCCACUUCAAAAAGCAACUGUUGUUUCAAUGGUUCGUAAACAAACAGGUGCAUUGACAUUGGCAAUUGGUGAUGGUGCAAAUGAUGUAGGAAUGAUUCUUGAAGCAGAUAUAGGUGUUGGAAUUUCAGGACAAGAAGGUAGGCAAGCAGUUUUAGCAAGUGAUUAUUCAUUUGCACAAUUCAGGUUCUUGAAGAGAUUGUUACUUGUUCAUGGCAGACUUAAUUUCAAACGUAAUAUUGACUUAAUUAACUAUUCUUUCUAUAAGAACAUGUGUUGCUCAUUAUGUCAAUUCUUUUAUGGAAUUUUCUGCAAUUUCUCUUCUUUGACAUUAUAUGAUUCAAUGUUGUUUUCCAUCUUCAAUGUCAUAUUUACUUCCGCUCCACCUGUUGUUUACGCUGGUUUGGAAAGAGAUGUUUCUAUGAAGACAUCAAUGAGCGAACCAGAAUUAUACAAAUGGGAAGGAAAGAGAAAAGAAAUGGUCUCUUACAUGAAGUAUUGGGAAGCACUAGGUAUCGGUGUUUUACAUGCUUUAGUUUGUUUAUUUGUUCCUUAUCUCGGAAUGCGUCCUUUCGUUGACUCUUCUGGAAAAUCUCUUGGUUACGGAGCAUUCGGAAUUACUGUUUACGGAUGUGUUGUUUUCGUUGUCAACUUCAAGAUUGCGACAAUGUCUUCUUAUUGGACAUGGAUGGAACAUUUCUUCAUUUGGGGAUCAAUCAUCAUUUAUCCGCUUGUUGUUAUUGUUUUGGAUUAUACUGGUUUCGCAACAGAAAUCAGAGGUCUUUCUGUUCCAACAUUCGGAUCUAAUUUGUUCUGGUUCUCUAUCAUUGGUGCAACUGUGUUGGCAACAAUUCCAAUCAUUGCUAUCAACGCAUAUUUCAACUCAAGAGAUACUUGUUUGAACAGAAUUUUGGUCAGAGAAAGAACUCACAUCUUUGACUACGAAAAGGCUAGUUCUAGCAAGUCUGUUCAAGAACAAACAAUCACUACUGAGCCUGAAAGGGUUGUUGAAGAACCAGAAGAUAUCAUUGUUCCUGUGGCCAAACAAGAGGAUGUAAAUAUCGGUGCUUAUCCUGAUGUCGAAAAUCCAAAUGGUUACGCGUUCGAACCUCCUGUUAACUCGUUCCAGACUGUAAGGUAUAACACUAUUGACACAACUACAUACGGUACUGCUGUUGAUAUUAGAUCUCGUGUUAGAAAACACCAGAUUUCUACAUUCGGUCUCGAUCAACUUUAA